ACGGCGGCUGUCCUCGGCGCCGCCUGACGGAAAGCUCGAAAUUACAAAGCGCACUCCGCGUCCGCCGAGAGGCUUCGUGCGGUCCGCCUGCCUCGCCCCGAGGCUCCGGCCGCCAUCCGCGAGGUGACUUCUAGACAGGCGUCAGCGAGGACAACCGCAGAGGGAAGACCUUAUCGUGACGCAGACGCGGAGGGAGGGCCUUUCUCGUCGCGGGGACGUCAUCGCGAGGCGACGGAGAGCUUCGAAGAGGCGGAAGAGAGCGGAAGAAACAAGUCUCCAGAAGCAUUUCCCUCCCUCUGUGCUGACAAGAUGCCCAAGGUGAAGAGGAGUAGAAAACCACCUCCAGACGGCUGGGAAUUGAUUGAACCAACCUUAGAUGAACUAGAUCAAAAAAUGAGAGAAGCUGAGACUGAACCGCAUGAAGGGAAGAGGAAAGUAGAAUCUCUCUGGCCUAUCUUCAGAAUUCACCACCAGAAAACACGUUACAUUUUUGAUCUCUUCUAUAAGAGAAAAGCCAUCAGUAGAGAGCUGUAUGAGUAUUGCAUUAAAGAAGGAUAUGCAGACAAAAACUUAAUUGCAAAGUGGAAGAAACAAGGUUACGAAAACCUCUGCUGUUUGCGCUGCAUCCAGACCCGAGAUACCAACUUUGGAACCAACUGCAUCUGCAGAGUGCCCAAAAGCAAGCUGGAAGUGGGAAGAAUAAUUGAGUGCACUCACUGUGGGUGCAGAGGCUGCUCUGGAUGAAAUCCCCUUUCCCCCUUUUUAAAAGUUACCCUUCCCUUUUGAGGAGUUCUUAAAUGGCUGGUUCAUCGUCAAUGACUGUUAAUAAGAACCAUAAUUUGUUUGUCGUAAGACCCGGCGGUGAGUGGAUCUCCAACAACCUGAAUUGUAAAUGCAGUAGUAUUAAUGUCUUGUAUAACUACUUUAUUUUAAAAUAAAGUCUUGCCUAUUGCCU